AGCCGUCUCUGUCCACUUCUCAUCCGGCGACUUAAACGGAGCAGUGGUCCCUCCGUUUUCGUGGCGAGUCGGAGCACUUGCAGUGACGAGGACUUAGAAGUAGGAUGGUUUUAUCUGCAAAUAACGACGCCGAUUUGCAAGACGUUUUAGAUUAAGUUCUCCUUAAUUUUGACCGACCAAAGCAUGUAACUCGUUAAUGUAGGCUUCUGACUCAGGAAAGACAAAGUGUCUCUGGAUGGGGCAAAAGAUUUUUGAUGAAAUUGAGUCAUGAAACUGUAACCAUUGAAUUGAAGAAUGGAACACAAGUCCAUGGAACAAUCACAGGUGUAGAUGUCAGCAUGAAUACGCACCUUAAAGCUGUGAAAAUGACCCUGAAGAACAGAGAGCCUGUACAGUUGGAAACAUUGAGUAUUCGAGGCAAUAACAUUCGGUAUUUUAUUCUACCAGACAGUUUACCUCUAGAUACACUACUUGUGGAUGUCGAACCUAAAGUGAAGUCUAAGAAAAGAGAGGCUGUUGCAGGAAGAGGCCGAGGCCGGGGUAGAGGAAGAGGACGUGGUCGUGGCAGAGGAAGAGGGGGUCCUAGGCGAUAAUGUCUCUCAAGAUUGCUGUUUCAGAUUGAUAAGGAAUUUGGGGUAUUUUUUGUACAGGUUUUGUUUGUUUGUCAGUUUUUAAUAAACAUAAGGAUAGGGACAGAGUUGUCUGCUGAUUAUCAAAUUGAAGUUUUAGCGGCUACUGUAUUCAUAGAGUAUGUUCCGCAUGAAAUACAUAUGUACUGAGCAUGGGUUUGAUUCCUUUGAGUCCAUUAUUUGGGCCCCUUUUGAGAUGAAGUAAAUUCUUGGUAUUUUAAUAAAGUUCUUACUAGGAUGAGAUUUAAAACUCAUCCUCUUUA